AUGGAUUUUAUGUAUGAAGGCCGCGAAGCGGGCGUUCUAUUACAUCCAACGUCGCUGCCUAGCAAGUGCGGGAUUGUAGGGGACUUUGGGGAGAGUGCCGAGCCUUUCCUAGAUUAUCUUAGAGCGGCAGGUUUCUCUUAUUGGCAGGUGCUUCCUGUUGGGCCUUGCACUUAUUCUCAGUCCCAGCCUGGAUGCCCAUAUUUAAGCACCAGCUCAUUUGCUCUAAACCCACUACUGGUUUGUCCUGCUGGUUUAGUAUCCUCAAAGCUCGUGACGCAGGAAGAUGUAGCUAAGCUAGUAGCGAAGUGGCAGGCAAAACAGCAGGAGAGGAGAACCCUUAACACAGUCUCCCACUUGCAGGAGGAUGUGGACUGCGAAGCAUUCGUAGAUUACCAUGUAGCAAAGGGCUACAAAGAUGAACUGCUUGCGCUUGCGUACAAGACGUUUACAGAAGCAGUUCCCACCGAAGAAUAUGAAGAUUUUUGCAAGAGUAAUAAAUUCUGGCUCGACGGGUAUGUGCUGUUCGAGGCAAUACAAGCAAGACAUCCUGAUGCAUCCUCAUGGCUUGACUGGCCAGAGGAGUACCGGUCAUUUAAGAGCCUCGUUAAAAACGAAUCCUUGAUGCAGGGGCUUGAAUCGCCCACGGAGGACCAGAGCCUGUCUAAUAGGUCGGGUGGUGGCCCACCUGAGCUGUUACUACCACAGUUUCACCGCUUUGUGCAAUUCAUACUUUCCAAACAGUGGAGCCAGCUGCGUCGCCGGGCCAAUUCAAAGGGAAUUAAAAUUCUAGGCGAUAUAGCGUUCUAUGUUAACAUGCACUCAAGUGACGCUUGGAGCAACUCUGAAAUGUUCCAGAUGGAUAGUAGCACCAACAAGCCACUCUACGUUUCGGGUAAGGAAAUUAAGACGCUGCAGGCAGAUGGCGCGGCAUUUUCAAGCAGACUUAAUUUCGCGGAUGCACGGCCGCAACAGUUCUUAUUAGCUUUUGCUGCAUGUAAAGUGAUGGGCAUGCAGGCGUUCCACCCGAUUAUUUUAGCUCCGAAGGGCAACUUUGGGGGCAUCCUGUUUACGCAUGGGAUGCUCACGCUCGCACAAAUUUCAGCUGGUGGACGCGUCGUGUGGCUAGAAGCUUUGAAAAAUUUGAUGCUUGUCGCCUUGAUCACUUUCGUGGAUUCGAGUCUUACUGGCGAGUACCGUACGACUUUGCAGUGGAGCACAAAAGCGCAAGAAAUGGAGAGUGGGUAG